ACAUGCCUCCUCACUUCCCCUACUCCAUCUCGAAAGUAGAGCGUAAUGGAGCGGUUCGUCCUCUUCGUUGGAGCACUGACUUCCGUUUUAGCUUCCAUUGAAGGAUCAACCGCGCUAAAUCGGAGCAGCUUUCCUGAUGGUUUUAUCUUCGGAGCUGCAUCAAGCGCUUACCAGUAUGAAGGGGCAACAAAUGUAGAUGGGAGGAAGCCAAGCAUAUGGGAUACUUUUGUGAAGGAAUAUCCAGACAAAAUUUCAGACCAUAGCAGUGGAGAUGCAGCAGAGGAGUUUUACUAUAUGUUCAAGGAGGACAUUGGCCGUAUGAAAGAAAUCGGUUUGGAUUCAUUCAGAUUCUCUAUCUCUUGGCCUAGAAUAUUACCAUUGGGCAAAAUAAGCGGCGGGAUAAAUCAAAAAGGAAUCAAUUUCUACAGUUCUCUCAUCGAUCAUCUCCUAUCAAACGGAAUACAACCCUUAGUAACUAUGUUCCAUUGGGAUCUUCCGCAAGCCCUUGAAGAUGAGUAUGGUGGAUUCUUGAGCCCUAACAUUGUGGAUGACUUUCGAGAUUAUGCCAACAUCUGCUUUAAAGAAUUUGGCGAUAGGGUAAAAAUGUGGGUGACCUUGAAUGAGCCAAACUUAUUUAGUGACGAAGGUUAUGCAGAAGGCAAUUAUGCACCCGGCAGAUGUUCUGACUAUAUAGGAAAUUGCACAGAGGGAAAUUCAGCGACCGAGCCCUAUAUAGUGAUGCAUCACCUCAUUCUUUCUCAUGCAAAUGCUGUACAAUUGUAUAAGAAAAAAUAUCAGGCCUUGCAAAAUGGAAAAGUUGGAGUAGCAGUGUCCUGUAAAUGGUAUGUGCCAAAAUUUGAUACAAUUGCUAGUAAGAGAGCUGCCCUGAGGGCUCGUGAUUUUUUAUGGGGAUGGAUUAUUAAUCCACUCAUAUAUGGUGACUACCCCAAAACAAUGCGAGAUCUUGUUGGAAGCCGUUUGCCCAAUUUCACAAAACAACAAUCUCGAAUGGUAAAAGGGUCCAUUAAUUUCCUUGGAUUGAACUAUUACACCGCACGAUACGCAAAUGAUUCUACAUACUAUAAUAGUGUGAACUUGAGCUAUACCACAGAUAGUCGUGUCAAUAUUACUACGGAGAAAAAUGGAAUUCCAAUUGGUGAACCGACCGACGUUAGCUGGCUGUACAUGUAUCCAAGGGGAAUUAGAGAUCUUCUACUAUAUAUAAAAAGAAGAUAUAAUAAUCCAACUAUUAUUAUAACGGAGAAUGGAAUGGGUGAUUUAAGCGAUGAGUCAUCAAAAAUGAGUGAUUUGAUCAAUGAUACCUUGAGAAUAAAGUAUCACAGUUUGCAUCUAUUAUAUCUAUCCAAAGCAAUCAAGGAAGGAGUCGAUGUUAAGGGUUAUUACAUUUGGUCAUUUCUUGAUGACUUUGAGUGGGCUGCAGGUUAUACCAACCGAUUUGGCAUUAAUUACAUAGACUAUAUAGAUGGCCUGAAAAGAUAUUUCAAGAAUUCUGCUUUGUGGUUCUAUAAUUUCCUUCUAAAGGAAAAUGUUGCAAUUGCAACUAGUUCAUCUUUGUUGUAUUCUGAGUGAUGAAAAUUCAAAGAUCAACAGAUUCUUUCAUAACUCAUCAAAGAGAAGUCCAACAUUGCCUAAGCUUAUAUAUACAUAGUGUUGUAUGUGGACCAAUGUAAACUCAUAUGCUCAAGGUGAGUAUAUUUUGCUACUUUAUAAAAAAUAAAUUAUGUUCUUAUCA